AUGAAUCCCGCGCAAGACGACCCCUUCCUCUCGGUGCAAUCCGACGUCCUCACCACCCUCUCAUCGACCCGCCAUCUGUUUUCGUCCUACCUGCGUAUCCGCACGUUAUCGCCCUCCCCGACGUCACCCGAACUCGUCCAGUCGCGCUCGGACCUCCAAUCGAACCUCCAAACACUCACGGCGGACUUGGCCGAUCUGCUGGACAGCGUCCAAGCCGUCGAGUCCGACCCCUAUCGAUUCGGCCUCGAUGUCGCGGAGGUGCAGAGACGGAGGGGCUUCGUUAAGGAUGUGGGCGACGAGGUUGAGGGUAUGAGGAGGGAGUUGGAGGGCGUGACGCAGGAGACGCACGUCGCGGGUGGGCAUGUUGCUUCUAUGGCUGCGGGGAGUGCCGCUGGUGCUGGUGCUGGACGGGGCGGUAAAUUACCUGCGCCCGCUAGUUUUGAGGAUGCACACCAUGACGAUGACGACGACGAUGACGAUGAUCCGUACGGAGAGUUCGCGCAGCAGCAGCAGGAGGUAAUGAUGCGGGAACAGGACGAGCAGCUUGACGGGGUGUUUCAGAGCGUGGGCGUGUUGAGGGGCCAGGCCGAGGACAUGGGACGCGAACUGGAGGAGCAAGGUGCGUUGCUGGACGAGGUGGACACCCUUGCGGACAGAGUCGGUGGUAAACUACAGGUUGGGGUGAAGAAAGUGGGAGAGGUGAUACGGAGGAAUGAGGACAGCGUGAGCAGCUGUUGCAUUGCCGUGUUGAUUGUGGUUUUGAUUAUCUUGUUGAUCUUGGUCAUUGCGCUUUGA